UAUUGUAGUUGUUUUCGUCUCCGCGCUUAUAAACUUCAGUCGUCUUCGUUAAACUCGUCACUCGUCAUUGUCAGUCAUUGUCUUGUCAAUGGGUCGUGCAAAAAAUGGUGUAAAUGACGAUACGGCCUUUUCUUUGUAUGAAUGACGUUUUUCAAGUUUGUUUUGCGAAUGAUUAAUCGACGUUUGGGGAAGUUAGCGAAGUGAGGUUAGAAGUGAAGACCCCAUAAUACAGGAGGAAAAUGGCAGAAAGAGUUGCUCCAUCCCGUGUGUUUCCUACUAAAAGUUUGUACGAAUUAAGUGUUAUCGCUGUAGCAGAUAAAUUUAUUACAUUCAAAAAGCAUCUCUUUUAUCUGCCAGAAAAAGUAGUCUUUGAUUUGUAUUAUCAGCUAUGCAAAGAAAAGAGACUAUGCCUGAUAGGGAUGGAGUUUAGUGAUCUCAAAACUUUUUCAUUAAUGCUCAAAGUUACAAAUCGACGAAUACAUUUACUUCAAAUAUUUCAGGCUCUUAUGGACCAUGGAAUGAGAGUUUGCAAUGAAUUGGCAAUUUGUUAUGACGUCUGUUGCCUUGGUGUUAGAGAAAAUAAAAAUGCACGAGAGAAGAUUAUAAACUUGGGUCUUAAAUUAGGAGGGUUUCUAAGUGAAGCUGGUUGGUACGUAGAAAGUGAAAGGGUGCUAUUGGCUUGCAAGGAACUCUGUGUUUCUGAAGAAGAAAAUCUUCAGAAUUGGUGUCUUACUUUAGAUUGUUGUCACAAAUUACUUCACGCUCAAGCUGCAUAUUGUGCUUUUCGAGCUGCUGCAGAAACUUAUCAAUUGGCUGUUCGUACAGUUGACAAAUUAAAAAAUGCUGGGCAUUCAAAUGCAAAUCAUGCCGCUCUCUAUGCCGAAUUUAGUGUACUUUUCUAUAUUAGAAGUGAAUAUGAUCGAGCGUAUAUGUGGAGUAUAGAGGCACUUAAGCAAUUGAAACCAUCACUUUCGGCGAGAAUUAAAAUCGAUGUCUUACGUCAGGCUGCAAUGUCAUGUGUCGUAAAACGAGAAUUUCAAAAAGCUGGUCUUCUAAUUAAACAGGCUGUGUAUCUCGCAAGAGAAGUAUUCGAAACAGAUCAUCCAAUUUACAGUGAUGUUCUGCUUGAUUACGGAUUUUAUUUGUUGAAUUACGAUAGUAUCAACAAUAGUGUGCAAGUUUAUAAGUUUGCACUAGAAAUAAGGGAAGCGAUAUUUGGAAAAAUGAAUUUACUUGUAGCGAUAGCGCACGAAGAAUUGGCGUAUGCUUUAUAUGUACAUGAAUAUAGUUCCGGGAAAUUCGAACAAGCAAGUUAUCAUGCGGGGAAAGCUAUCGAAAUAAUGGACAAAUUAUUGCCUGUAGAGCAUAUUAUGCUAGCUAGUACAAAACGUGUAAAAGCCCUAAUAUUGGAAGAAAUAGCCUUAGACAAUGAAAGAACACCAUUAUCUGAACAAGAUCUUCUUUUAAAAUCAGAAGGUCUUCAUUUGUCUGCCCUUCAAUUGGCAAGAACAGCGUUUGGCGAAAAAAAUGUACAGACUGCAAAACAUUAUGGAAAUUUGGGACGAUUGUAUCAAAGUAUGAGAAAAUUUUCGGAAGCAGAAAAUAUGCACUUAAAGGCAAUUAGUAUAAAAGAAGAACUUUUAGGACUUGAAGACUAUGAAGUUGGAUUAAGUAUAGGACAUUUAGCAUCUUUAUACAAUUUUCACAUGCAUCGAUACAGAGACGCAGAAAAACUGUAUUUUCGAAGUAUUGCCAUUAGUUUAAAACUCUUUGGCCAAAGUUAUAGUGGCCUCGAGUACGAUUAUCGUGGAUUAAUGCAUCUGUAUAUGAAAAUGGACGAACAAGAUAAAUUUUACGAAUACACAAACGCUUUAGCCGAAUGGAGGGAAUUACGUGAUAAACACGUUGAAUCAGAGGACCCACCAAUUGACCUUCAUACACGCCCACAGCCAAUAGAAGAUGUAACAAGUGCAUUCUUUGCAAUGUGAUAAUGUGAUAUAUAUCCUUUUUCGAAUUAACUAUAAUCUAUUGCAAAAAAUCACAAAAUCAUUAUUACACGACUCAAGAGACUAUUAUUAUUAUUAUUAUUAUUACUAUUAUUAUUAUUAUUUUCAACCAGUGCGUUUCAUCUCUCGUUCAUUAUAAUUAUAUUUUACUCUCAAACUUCUUGAAAGUGAUAUACAUAAAUGUUUUUUCAGCAUAUCAUUUACUAAAAUCUCUGAUCUCGUUUAGAUGCUCAAAACCAAUGUGAGAAAUAAGAGCUUUUUCUUCUUGUCUAAUGCGAAAUAAAAAACGAUUAGUUAUUUUUUUUGUUAAAAAGCAAAACUAGUGCGGCCAUUUAAAUUAAUUUUGUUUUAUAACACAAAAAAAAUGUAUGACUGAAAAUAUUAUAUAUAAUAAUAACUUUAAAGUUAAUUGCAAUUUUUAGAUGAAAGUACUGAUGGAAAUGUUGAAUGCAAAAUUAAUUAUUAAAUUUAUAUAUAUGAAAAAAAAAAAUUAUCGAAUCCGAUAGAUUAUUGAAACAAAUAGAUAAUAUAAUGAGGGAAAUUGUUUAAAAAGCUCAUAAUUUCUAUAUCAAAAAUGGUAUCAGAACAUAUUGUUCGCAAGACUAAUAUUAUAAUGCGCAAUAAUUAAGAUAAUGUGCGCGAACAGAAGUUAAAAAACUUUUUUUUUAAAAAAGAAAAAGAAAAUAGUAAACAAAUUGUUAAAAUCACAAUACUAGAUAUUGUACAAUAGAAAUUCAAUUUUUCUUUUUAUAACAAAAAAUUUAAUAUAGAAUAAUAAUAAUAAAGAAAAUAAUAAAAUUAGGUAAUAAAAAAAAAAUUGUUUAUAGAAGAAUUAGGGAAUGUGGAAGAUACAAUCUUCGAAAUAAUUUAUUAAUAAUUUUUUUUUUUUUUUUUUUUUUUCAUCGAAUUUUAUUUGCUAAUCAAAUGCAAAUUCUCACUUUUUUUUGUAAUUAUUAAAUUAAAUUGGAAUUUUUUUUAGCAAAAUUAGCGUUUUGCAAGAAAAAUUCUUUAUCUUUUAACCCUUUACAGCAUUAUUGUUUUUUAAAACAAAUUUUUAUUACAAACAUAUGUAUAAUAAAAAUAUGUUCCUUCGAAAAUUGUAAAUUGGUAGAUUUUUUAAAACUUAUUAUAAUUUAAAAAAGCGAAUGUUUAUCAAAAUUUUAAGUGUAAAAAAUAGUGAUUUUAAAUUUAAUAUAGUAUUCUUUUUUUAUGUUUCACAAUAAAAAUUUCUAUGCUCAAAAAAUGUGCAUCAAAGGGUUAAAAUAUUAACAUGUUCCAAAAUUGGACAAUAUAAUUAAUGAAAAAUAAAUCUUGUCAAUGUAGAUACUCAUAAUAUAAACGUGAAGCAGA